CACCCAAGACGUUCUGGGCGCAAGCGCCGGCCGCGCAGCAGCAGAGCAGAGGAGCGGCGCCGCGGUGCGGAUGCGGGCAUGCCGCUCGGCCUCUGCCGAGGUGCCUGCCCUGGAGGGCGGGCAGUCUCUGCUGCGUCUCCGCGCUCCGCUGCUGCGACUCGCCGUCUCACGCUUUCCGCACGCUGCUGACCCGCGUCUCGUCCGCCUCCUCCUCCCUCCCGCACCCUCUCCUCGCCGCCGCUCUCGCCCUCGCCCUCCAGUCUCGCGUCUCCACUCCCUCUUCGCACCGCCUUCGCUUCGCACACCCACUCCUUCGUUUCCCUCGCUGCGUCGUUGCCCAGCAUGGCCCCGCUGCAGCCGCUGCUGCUCGAGCUGCCGCUCCUCCUCACCUGCUGGGGCUUCUCGGCCGCCCUCAUGGGCCUCUCGGGCUCGCACAUCCACCAGUUCAUGAGCAUCCGCGACAAGAUUGCCAACCAGUCGCCCUCGCUGCCCGGCUUCGUCGAGCUCGACACGGCGGGCAUCGAGCGCGUCGACCUCGCCAUGCUGAUCGUCGGCUGCAUCUCCUUUGCGUUCAUCGGCGUCUUCCUCUUCCUCUCCUGCGGCCAGUUCAAGGGCAAGCGCGGCGAGUACAGCGGCAAGGGCACGGGCGCGUGGCUCUUUGUCGGCCUCGUGCUCCUCACGCUCUCGGGCGCAUGGACGGGUGCGGUCUCGGCCAUGACGGCGUGGGCGGUCAAGUACAGCUACACCUUUACGCGCGGCCCCAACUACAGCGAGCCCUUCUCCACCGAGCAGCGCCUCUACCUGCGCCAGAUCGACGUGUUCGUGCGCGAGCAGUUCUCGACGAGCCUCAACCUCGCCGGCGCGCCGGCCAUCGACAACACCUUCCUUGGCGUGUGGGGCAGCAUCUCGACGAUCGAGGAGGCAAACGCCUACCUCAACUCCUCCAACUUCCUGCAGCUCGUCAAGUCGUACAAGGCCCAGGUCGCCGUCGGCUGGGUCACCAUCGGCACCGUCUUCUUCACCAUGGUCGUGCACUUUGCGCUGCCCUUCGCCUGGCAGCGCUUCGGCCUGACGCGCCAGCCCAAGAAGAACUCGUACAACGAGGUCUGAGCCGUCUCUCCCUCCCCUCUCUCUGCUGCGGCGGCCGUCCGCCUGCGCGCGCAUCCCACUCUCUCUUCAGUCCGAUACCUCCCGCUCUCUUAUUUGUCGCGCUGUCCUGCCCUCGCGUUCCGUGCUUCUGCCUGCAC